AUCAUCACAUCUCUUUCUUUUCUGCUCGCGCCCACAGAGGAUCACUCCCGAUCUCUUCUCUUUGUUGCUCAGCAUCAUUCACUUGCUUUGCUAGCUUACCCAAGCUUUGCUCCCCGUCCGCUAAAACUGUGCGCUUCAAAUCCAGACCGAAAAUGGCUACUUCCUUCAGUUCCCGUUUUGCCCCCAUCACAUUCCUUUAUUUGCUCAUCCUCACCUGCAGUUUCAGCCCCAUUUUGGGGAUUAACAUCACCAAUCUCUUGUCUUCCUAUCCAGAUCUCUCCGACUUCGCUAACCUCCUUUCCACCACCGCCGUCGCCGGAGAUCUGAGCCACCGCUCCUCUAUCUCGCUCCUCGCCGUCCCCAACUCAUUCCUCCGGUCCUCCGAUCUGACCCGCCGCCCCUCUUCCACCAACCUCGCCGACGUCGUCCGCUACCACGUCCUCCUCGAGUUCCUCUCCUGGCAGGACCUCCGCCAGAUUCCGGCCUCCGGGAAACUUGUCACCACUUUGUACCAAACCACCGGCCGUGCCACCAGCAACUUCGGCUCCGUGAACAUCACGCGCGACCCUUCCACAAACGCCGUCUCCGUCCGCUCCCCCGCCGCCUACUCGCCCUCCAACGCCAGUGUUCUUUCCGUCAUCAAAACCCUUCCGUACAACAUCUCAAUCUUCGCCGUCAGUUCCCUCCUCGUGCCCUUCGGCUUCGAUCUAAUGGCGUCGGAGACGCGGCCGCCGCUGGGCCUCAACAUCACCAAGACCCUCAUUGACGACCACAAUUUCAACGUCGCCGCCUCGAUGUUGAACGCUUCAGGCGUCGUCGGAGACCUGGAGAAAGACGAGGCCGGCGCCGGGGUCACGCUCUUCGUGCCCACCGACGACGCUUUCGCGAAUCUGCCGGCGACGGCGAGCUUCCAAUCUCUGCCUGCCGAUAAAAAGGCAACAGUGUUGAAGUUUCACGUGCUGCACUCGUACUAUCCGCUCGGCUCGCUCGAGUCGAUUGUGAACCCGGUUCAGCCGACGCUCGCGACCGAAGAGACUGGCGCCGGAAGAUUCACAUUGAACAUAUCGAGGGUGAACGGCUCGGUGGCCAUCAACACCGGAAUCGUUCAGGCAUCGGUGACUCAGACCGUGUUCGACCAAAACCCAGUCGCCAUUUUUGGGAUUUCAGAGGUUUUGUUGCCCAAAGAGAUCUUUGGGAAGAACCCAAUCCUGGGGAGUAAGCCUGGUACUGAUAUUGGCGGCGGUGCUGAGCCGCCCGAUAUUUCAUUAUCGCCGGAGAAAUCGCCGGGAGAGCAUGGGCCGCCUAGUCAUUUGACAGCUCCGCCGGGUUUUCGCGAAGAAAUCCGAUCGGAAGCAGCCGAUGACGGCGUACGGAGGCUCUUCCUCGCUAUCUGCUGUAUAGGAUUGUACGUACUGCCAUUUGUUCGGCCAUUCCUUUCCUUUAGUGCCAAUUCGCCGGCUGCCGGAGAAAUGACUGGUUCAGGGUUACUUUGGUCAAAUUACUGGGCGAUUCUACGGUUUAGCCGCUGGGAUUGUUGGCAAAGUGAACGUAAUGAGGAUGUACGGUCCCGCGAUUUGGACGGUGAGGAUGGAGAGUCAGCGGAAAAGCUGAAAUCCCGGAUUAUUCGUGCCGUCGGAUGUUGAUUUUGAAGUGAUGCUGGGGAGCAGCGUACGAUCAGAUCUCCAAGGAUUGGGAUUAUAGUAUGUUGGGUGGAGGGGGUGGGAUGGGGGUAGGUACUACUACUACUACUACUACUACUCACUGAGAGAGAGCGUAGAUGAUGUUGCGAGAUGGACGGUGCGGAUGGGGCCGCCCAGUAAAAGCUUCCAUAAAUGCGCAUGUGGUGGUCAGUGGUACCAACUACUUGGGCUCCAUUGCCGACGCCGGACUCACAAGGAGGCCCACAUGUUCAAUUUACAUCCAACCCCCAAAAUAAACUAUCUUAGUGCCACGUACAAAUGUAAAUGCAUAUUAAAAAUAUAAUUUACACUAAAAUAAAUGGAGCCUUAUUUUUACUAAUUUUGAAAUUUAUGUUGGUCCUAACAUAAAAUUAUCCAAAAACAUUUUUAUUAGGAAAAAUGAAAUGCGGUCACUUGAGUUGUAGUAACUAGAAUAGAAUGACACCUAUGGGCUAUAAUUUGUACUAGUUGGCACAUAUAUUUGAUAUUUCAGAGCAUUGGCUGAAUUGCUAUUUUA